GCGCGCGGGGCGGAGCUUCGGGAAGGAGCCGCAGCGCCUCAGCCGCCAGCCGACUGGGCGAGCGGCCGGACCUGUGUUCAGGGGACUGGACCUGAGGCGGAGCCUGACGACCAUGGAGGCGGCAGACGCAGCCGCAGGCGGCGAGGCGGGCGGCGCCCACAACGCCCGGGACGGCCAGGGGGGCCAGGAGGGCCAGGAGGGCCAGGGAGGCGGCCUCGGCCGCCGCGGGCACGGUCAUGGCCUCGGAGGCGCGGACGCGGAGGCCGCGGUCGCCGGCGAGGCUCCGCGUGUCCCGCGACCACCUCACGCCCCCGGGCCAGGCGGAGAUGCCCUCUCCACGGCCGGAAGGCCGGAAACCCGAGUACACAUAUUCGCCCUCGGCGUGCCUUUCCCGUCCCAGUUGGAGGCGGAGAUCGCCUGUGCGUCUUUCGCCCCAUAUCGGGACCCGUAUGGAUGCCUUGUGGGGCAGCAGCUCACUGUGUUCGGCAGCGUCCUGGCCAUCCGCUGGAGAGCUGAAAACCCUUUCCUCCUCCGAAUUUCCAUCAUCAACUUUCUUGACCAGCUUUGCGUGGUGAUUCGGACCAUGCAGCGCUUCCGGUUCCCGGUUCCCGCUAAGCCUGCGCUGGCGAAAGGGGGCUAAGGUCUAGCCUCGUGUCCCCCGUCUGGGCGGUCCGUCCUUCCUAGGGCAGUGAUUCCUGCGCUAGCUGCCACCUGAGGUUGGGCGCCUGCCUGGUCUUCUGAGGGCAAUGAGGGCCCGAGCCCUUGGGCACUCAUGGUCCCCUUGUUUUGUUUGCCAUUUAAAUGUUUGCUACUGCAGAAAAUAAAACUGAGUUUUGCUA